UGAAGCAAAAGCAUUUGAAUGGUACACGAAAUCAGCAAAUGCAGGGUGUGCUUUAGGCCAAUGUAAUUUAGGAUUUUGCCAUGAAAAUGGUAUAGGAACAUAUAAUGACAAGACAAUAGCAUUUGAAUGGUAUUUAAAGUCAGCUGAAAAUGGAAAUAUAGUUGCACAGUAUAAAUUGGGAUGUUGUUAUUCAAAUGGUGCAGGGACAAACAUAAAUAAUGUGAAGGCAUUUGAAUGGUACUUGAAAUCAGCUGAAGGUGGAAUUGCAAAAGCACAGUAUUAUGUAGGGAAAUGCUAUUAUGAUGGUAUAGGUAUUGUUAAUAAUGUUGACAAAGCAAUUUAUUGGUAUAGAAAGGCUUCAAAAAAUGGAAUUAGAGAGGCAAAAGAUAAAUUAUCUAGUAUUUUACCAUACUAUUAAAGGACUAUAUAAUAAUUUUAUUGCUAUAGAAAAGCUUCAGCAGAAAGUGGAAUUAAGAGAUAAAUUAUAAUUUAGUUAGUAUUUUACCAUCUAUUUAUCUGUUAUAUAGGACUAUAAUUUCUGCAAUCAUGUAAAGUAAAUCAUAUCUGGUCAAUUAUUAUAUGUAUGAUAAUUAUUUGAUUUUUUUUUUAUCAUCAUUACAAUUGCAUUUUUAAUUA